AGAUAUGACGUAGGAAUGUACGAGAAACACCCCGCCAAACUCAUAUACUUGACGGAGAAUGGCUACGCCUUCGAUCAAGAAGAUGCUGGUGUGGCCGAAGAGCAUUUGGAUCGAAUACCACGGCAACUUUUUGUACGACGUUUUGAUCUCUUUUGCUUUUGCUUUGCUAUGGCUACUUACUGUUUUGACAUAAUCAGCGAUAUUGUGACUGCAGUAUUCCAUUAUUAUGGAGAUCGGGUGGUUGCUUGCUUAUUCAUAUUGUUGCUCUCUAUUGUUCCAUCAAUAGUGUUGAAUGCUGUAUCAUUCGCUUGGAUAUGUGACGAUAACCAGAAUAAGGCAAAAGUAGCAAAAUCUCAAAGAGAUCGAGCCUCAGAAGAAGACAGGACCGAGUCUUACAUCUAUCAUGCAGUGAUCUGCUUGUUACAGAUUGGUCCUCUGUGGUGGUACUAUAAAGCGCUAGUUCAUGGACUGCGCUUUCGCAUGGAGUCCGAUCCAACAAAACGGCGAAAGCACUUUUGUCGAAUGAUCGAAGCCGAACGUGAUGCCACUCUUCUAAGAUUUUUCGAGGGAUUUCUCGAAUCAGCCCCUCAGCUGAUAGUACAAGGAAACAUACUUUCUGAGUAUCUCUGGUGGCAUUUCAACGAAACAAAUAGCAUAUUAUCUCUACCAAAUUGGGUUUAUGUACAGCUGGUAUCCAUGAUGUUAUCUUUACUGAGCGUUUGUUGGUCUAUAUCCAUACAGCAUAGGAGUUUACGAAUGGUUCGACCCGAUAAAGUCAAUAUGCAUCCGCAUGAGAGCAUUCUUCAGCUCAUCUGGAGAUUCUCUACUGUGUCAUCACGUUUCCUAGUUAUAGUUUUGUCGGUAUAUUCCUAUGAAUUUAAAGUUAUUCCUCCGCUUUUUCUUCAUUUUCUCAUCUCAUUAGCUCAUAUAAAAGCUUUACAGUGGUAUUCUGGAGAAAAAUAUUCAUUGAUUCUGAAUAACUGA